GGAAGCUCGACAAUCAGCCCAUUGGCAUUGAAGAGGCCCACGAGAUGAGCGCAAUAUAUUUUGGCUCGUCUUUCGUGAGAGCAUCACAUCGAUCUGUCACAUCGUCACAAGUCUGCACCCGUUGUGCUACGCGGUACAUCCACCACCAAGGAAGCCUACAGAAGCAGGCAGAUGGAGCAAAUUCAGAAACCCGAACAACGCCAGCAAGGCCAGCGACAAAACGACAAAGCUCUCAAUUGGCUGGCCGUAUAAUCCAGGGCCUGCGAAGGGCUGCGCCUGGAGGCUUUGCAAAGAAGUCGGAUCCGCCACUUCAAGACAGUUCGUCAGAGCCUCGUUCCUUUCCCUCCACUCCAACUACUAAAGACGGAAUUGAUGUAUCCACAUCCUCGACAGUGCAACAACGUGUGUCAACUAUUGCUAGAAAACAACCCCGAGCCUAUGAGCAGAAGCAGGACCAGUCAAAAAUAGCUGAACGCGGCAAUGAGUUCGAGCAUUACAUAACACGUACGGACGGAUCAAAGGUUCCAGCAAUCGUGGCGACAUUACAGGAAAGCGACAACCCAGCUGCAGAAAUCAAGGCGUCACAGAAGGCGAGAGAUCUACCCUUGGUCACAAGAUUUCUGAAAGGCAAGGUUGUGAGGUUCGCAAACGAAGAGGAGAAGCAGAGGGUGCUCAAGCUAGCUAAGGAGCAGGUGAACAAACAUUUGCGUGGAAAGGAGGAUGUGAAGUUGGCUCCCUUGCCAAAGGUGUAUUUGGAGGAACUGAAUCAAAAGGCUAUAGCUGGCAAAUAUGAGCCUAUUCAGGGGGUGCACGGCAAUUCACCACGACAGCAGAUCAUGUCGCACCUUAAAACGACGCUGCAGUUCAAUGGCUCCUACUCUGCCUCGCAAAAGCGCUCCUUAAUGGAAUUUGUGGAAAAGAUGUGGCCUACACAGAAACCAGGCACGGCGGCCAGAGCAUAGCUCGUCCCUCGUUGCCAAAUUUCUCAACCCCAAAACACUUUGACAACCCAUUUGUAUAUCAUCUUUGUAUAUAAUAGAGUCAGAUUGGAACAUGUGGUCCUCCGUUAGACUUAAAAUCUGUUCAAAUUUUAGUUUCGAAGA